AUGGCAACAAAUUCCGUCGCACUCAUCCUCGGAGCAGGACCGAGAGUCGGGAUCUCAGUGGCAAAGAAGUUCGCGAACAAUGGCUACAAAGUAGCAACGGUAUCCCGAAGUGGGAGUGCAGGCUUAGCGGACACCAUUCCCGCUGAAGGCUUCUUAACACUCAAAGCCGACUUCACCCAGCCCGACACGAUUCCCGCACUAUUUGACGCCGUCACGAAAGACUUCAAAGCUCCCCCUAGCGUAGUCGUGUACAACGCAGGAGCUCGAACCGUGCCUCCGAACGAUAACGACCUAUUCUCCAACCCCGCGGAGAAUCUCGUGUUGGACUUCAACGUCAACGUCCUCAGUGCAUAUAUCGCGGCGCAACAGGCCGUUCGUGGCUGGGCGACGUUGCCCAAGGAGCUCCGGAAGACAUUCAUCUACACCGGCAACAUGAUGAACACGGCGAUUUUGCCCGUUGCGGCGGCCGUCAAUCUCGGCAUGGGAAAGUCGGCGUCCUCAUACUGGGUCGGGCUUGCGGACACGCUGUAUCGGAGUGAUGGAGUUCGGUUCUUCUAUACCGACGAACGUACCAGCGACGGCAAGAUGAAGGGCAUGGCGCUUGAUGGAGACGCUCAUGCGGAAUUCUACGCCUCAUUGAUUGAGCAUGAGGGACAGGUGCCAUGGCACGCGACCUUCGUCAAGGAUAAGGGAUAUGUCGAGUUCAAGUAG